GGGGGAGGAGAAGAAUCCAAAGUGAAAACGCCGUGAAAUUGCAUAAAAGAUGCCACUGAGCACUCAGCGCACUUCCACACCGAUCUCUCUCCGCACGGACUGGAUGUUCGGAGCCGCUUGUGAAGGGAAGAGCUUCCAGACAGUGCAUUCCAUGGACCAGUAUCUCAACAACUAUCCUUUCUUAACAUGUUGGAUGUGUAUUAUGUUAGUUGAAGGACAGAGUUUUGUUGAAACCUGCUGCUGAAAGCUGCAACGUGAAAAAGAGGAACUUUCAACAGACUGCUCAGACUUCUGAGAUUUUUCUUUCUUUCUAAAAUGCACUUAUUUGGAAUUUCUGUCUUCUGUAUUGCAUUGCUGUAUGCAAACCUUGCUUUGGAGUCAAGUCACGAAUACUACGAUUAUGAAGAAGAUCAAGCGGAUGCCCUGCAGGAGCAUUCAGAGCCAGACCUGGUUGAACAGUUGCGUUCGGCGGGUAGCGUGGAUGAACUUAUGAGGAUAGUUUACCCCAGCUACUGGAGCAUGCUGAAGUGUCGUUCCAAGGCAGGAGGACGCUUCCCUCACAGAGAGCACGGCUCCACAGAAACAAGGUCGGAGGAGGCCUCCUUUGCGGCUGCUUACUUCAACUUUGAAAUGCUUAAAAGUAUUGAGACAGAGUGGAGAAAGACCCUGUGCAUGCCACGCCAAGUUUGUUUAGAUGUGGGGAAAGAGUUUGGGGCAGCUACAAACACCUUCUAUAAACCACCCUGCGUGUCUGUCUACAGAUGUGGAGGCUGCUGUAACAGUGAAGAGCAUCAGUGCAUGAACAUCAGCACUUCCUACAUCAGCAAGACGCUGUUUGAAAUUACAGUUCCUGUCAAGCAAGGGACCAAGCCAGUUACCAUAAGCUUUGCAAAUCACACUUCCUGCAGCUGUCUAUCAAAACUGGACGUGUACCGACAACGACACUCAAUCAUACGAAGGGCAUUACCAGAAUGUCACAGGGCAAAUAAAACAUGUCCAAAAAAUCACAACUGGAGUAAUCGGUUAUGCAGAUGUGUGCUGUUGCCUGACACCCUUCUUUCAAAACCACAUUCUGACUCUUUUGAGCAAGACUUCUGUGGUCCUGAUAAAGAGCUGGAUAAUGAGACCUGUCAAUGUGUAUGUCGAAUGCAGCUGAGAACAGCAGGCUGUGGACCAUACCACUACCUGGACAAGAACACCUGUCAGUGCGUGUGUAAAGCACAGCCCUCCACCUGCGGGCCUCAACAGAGCUUUAACAAGGACACCUGCCAGUGCACCUGUGCCAAGGUGUGUCCUAAGAGUCAGCCCCUCAACCGCACCAAAUGUGUGUGUGAAUGCACAGAGUCCCCUAACAAGUGCUUCUUAAAAGGGAGGAGGUUCCACCCAGGCACAUGCAGUUGUGUCAGGCCGCCGUGUAAUGUAGACCCCCGGAGAAGAAGAUGUAAGGAGAACGAGUAUUUCAGUGAGGAACUGUGUCACUGUAUACCCACAUACUGGGGGAGACUGGACUAAACCCAACCAACAGGACAGGUGGCACUGAAUGCUAAUGGAGAUGCUGGCAUUUGGAGCAGUCCUGUUGUUUGGCUGCUGCUUAUUUGUCUCACAUAUGCUGCUAGUCAUGUGGACUAGCGUGGAGUAACGAUUCGUUAACAAGAGACAAGAAAUGUCCACAUUCAACCGCACAUAUCAGGCAUGGGGGGAGCUAUAAAGGACCAAGAGAGAUUUAUAAAGGCUGGAGCCAUCCUUUUUUUAUUAUUAUUAUUAUUGUUUAAUUGAGUUGUCUAUUCGUUACUUGUCAGAUAAUUGUCAGAUUAUAUAAUUUAUUGCCAUGAAACGUUUUGAAACUCCCUUGUUCAUUGCAAUUUCGAAUCUCUUGCGAAGAAAAAAAAACACUGUGAUCAAUAUUUUUGUAUCAUGUUAAGUCCCGUAAAAUAAAGUAUGAAGUUGUAUUAUAUAUUGUUAACUUAUUUAUAAGCUAGAAUAUCUUAUUGAAAUAGUACUGCACAUGAUUCAAAUGUAAUCAGUUUUGACUACCAAAUAUAUAACCUAUCAUUCCAGACUAAAUCAGUGCAAGCCAGCAAAAUGAUGCACAACUUGUUUUUUGUUUUGUUUUUUGUGCUGGAAACAUUGCUUGCUGACAAUCUAAGAGACCAUCAUAGGACUUGAGUAACUUACAACAAUGAAUUCAAAUUGGAAAACAUGGAAAUACGGCUUGACAUUAGAAUACAAAGGAUUCUAAAACCCGGACAUGGACCGUAAAAAGCUGAAACCUGAAAACAUUAAUAGGUGAAAAUGGCUGCUACAUGUUUUGCAGUUUUAUAAGAGUUUCGUAAGUGAAAAAUUACACAUGGAUGGAUUCCCUGCAUACUACCAACUCCAACCUGCCUCUUCAAAUAGAAGCAGUAUAAAGUGAGAAGGAGGGAUGUCGUUUUGGACUUUUUGGACUUACUCCCACAUGCAGUGUGGCCAGCAAGCAUGCCAGUAAGUGAGAAAGAAAACAGAGGAUGGGCUGCAGAAUGGAUGUGUAAAUAGAAGCAAUGUGAUUGGCCCGACUCCACCUGUUAUCCACCCACUGUUUCAGCUUGACACUGUAAAAAUAAUAAAUCACCUCUGCUUCCAUCCCAUUCAUUGCACCAAUGUGUGCCAAAUGUGUGCGUGUGAUUUUUCAUUGUCUCUCAUUCCACAGAGACCCCCUGUAGCUCCAUGAUGGAACCAUAAGUUUCAGUCAUCGGAUGGAAAGCAUCAUGAGCUCUACACCUAAAUCCAGCAUGUCUUUUGUCUUCUAGCAUGUUCAAACAGCAGUUGGCCUCUUUUCCUUGUGUCAUAACCCCAGCCAACACACACAUAUGCACACUCAUCCCUGCUUUUCUUUUUCUGAAGGGCAGUUCAAAUCUAGGGUCGUAUCACUUUUACCAGGGAUUUGCAUCUGGACUGUAUUACACUUCCCCCUCCUCCUCUUUCUUUAACAUAGCAUUCUCAGACAGGCUACCAUAGACUCUCUACUCUAAUAUUGUGCACUGUUUAUCCAUGUCCAACUACAACGAGGGUUCCCCUGUAGCCUGGAUUGUAACAGAUUCUACCAUAGCCAUCUGCAUCCGCUGCAAGCUCCCAGGAGAGACCUGAGAAAAAUAAUGUGUGAACUCACAGUGAAUCACCAUGAAAUAACUAGAAACAGCCGCCCAGUCAGUGGGCAUGAGUAUUUGAGAAUGGAGGAAGCCAUGUCCAGCCUGAUCUCCCUCCUCUGCCUGGGCUCACUUACCUUUUUCAGUGGUAAACGGGGAUGAGGUUUAUGUUUCAACAUGGAUUCUUGUUUGGUGGUUGUACAUUCCUAAGAAACUGAAACGAAAACAAGUUUAGGGAUUGUACAGACAUCUAAAUAAAUGAGUUUG